CACAAACCUCACACACACACAGAGAGACACACACACCUCACACACACAGAGAGAGACACACAGAAACACAUUUCGAACACUCACUCAGCCUGCUGCUUUUCCAAUAAGGAGUUGUCACCGUCCACAGAAAGUGAGGCCAGUGAGGAUGCUGUCAUGAGGAGAGGAGGGUGUCCGGUGAAAGGAGGCUGUUCAUGUUCCUUUCUCUGUCCCACUGCACUCUAAGAAGUCUGUCUCCCUGCUGGUCUCUCUGUCUGGAUGGAAUAAGAGCCAAACACAGCUGGACUGCAUGGAACCACAGCUAGCCUGGAUGGCUCUGGGUGCAACGGGACCUGGCCUGAGAGAAGACUUGGUCUAAGUUGGUCGAAUUUGGAGCCAAGUUUGGGUGUAGCCGCCAUGCUGGACCUGGUCUGAGAGGGGUCUUCCUGGACCUGGUCUGAGAGGGGUCUUCCUGGACCUGGUUUGGAAGGUCAGGAUGAGACUACCUCGCCUGCUACCUGUUGCCUUACUGGCCCUAUGGACCGCUGCACUGGUGACUGGAGACUACACAUACACAGAUACACACCAAGAUAGAGUUGAAGACACCAACGCAGAUGGACACAGAGACACCCAAUCAGACUCAGGUAUGGACACGCCUCCAAAAGACUUCCCCCCUGACACACAGACAGAUUCCCACAGGGACACACAGACAGACACACAUGAUCAACAUCCGGACUCACACCCAAACUCACACCCAGAUUCCCACCCGGACGCACACGAACACCCAGACAGCCAUCGUAUCAGCAGCGGUCUGAUGCAGUGUGGGGAGUACAGUAACGAGAUGUUGCCUAACGGUCAGUGUCGAGUCACAGCCACGCUGCCCCAGCUCCAACACCAACGCUGCCCAGACAUGUUCCGCUGCACUGACGAGGUGUCCUACUGGCUGCAGGAGAACCAGGAGAGGAAGCAGCAGCUGCAGGACCUCCAGGAGACCAUCUCCCAGUUACAGGAGGAACUCCGCAGUCACAGGCACCGCAUCAAGGUCCUGGAGCUACAGGGUGAGGAGAGGAACAACUUGAACGGGUCUUUAGAGGACCGUUUCAGAGUGUUGGAGCUUCAGUACGCUGAAGCCGACAGCCUGCUGCACACCCACGGUGCCAUCCUGUUUGAUCUGCAGACUCAGGUCCGGAACCUGACCAUGACGGUCGAACGCGUCAAACGCAACCCCGGCUGCAUGAUCAACAUCGUCAGGACCAGCCCUCUGCUCAGCGCCCAGCAGGCCCUUCACCCAGAGGUGCAGCAUGUGAAGAACUGUCCAAUAGACUGUGCAUCACUGUACUAUAACGGGGUGUAUCGGUCAGGUGUCUACACGGUGGUUCCCUCUCUGGGCUCCCAGCCUGUAGAGGUCUACUGUGACAUGGACACAGAGGGUGGUGGUUGGACGGUGUUCCAGCGGCGUCAGGAUGGGAAGGUGAACUUCAAUAGAGGCUGGCAGGACUAUAAAGAGGGAUUCGGAGAGCUUAGGUCUGAGUACUGGCUGGGGAACGAACACAUCCACCACCUGUCCACCCAGGGAGACUACAGCCUCAGGAUAGACCUGGAGGACUGGACACAUCACCACAAACACGCUUUCUACCAGAGCUUCAGUAUUGAGGAUGAGGGGAACCACUACCGGCUGCAUGUGUCAGGCUACAGUGGGACAGUAGAGGACUCGUUCAGCUGGUACCAUGAUAAACAGGACUUCAGUACUCCAGACACAGGGGAUAUCUGUGCUGAGAUCUCACACGCUGGCUGGUGGUACCACCAGUGUUUCUAUGCCAACCUCAAUGGAGUCUACUACAAGGGCGGGCGCUACUCGUCUAAAGCUAAGACUCUGCUGGGUCCUGAUGGUGUGGUCUGGUACAGCUGGAAAGAUUCAGACUACUACUCCCUCAGGAAGACCUCUAUGAUGAUACGACCUAGAACCUUCAGACCACGCCUGUCACCAUGACAACAGCCAUGACCAACACACCGUCGCCGUGGGAGACCUGCUGAGGAUGCUAUGACGUCACCAUGGGAGGGACGUGGGAUUGUCAUGACAUUACAGGAAGAAGAGGUCAAAUAGGAUGAACGCCAUUGGCUGAGGGCUCAGAGGGAAGUCCCGCCCCUACCAGUGGGCCAACAGGACUGUAGAAGACAUGUGUAAAUACACACACACACGCUGCAAUGGGACCAACUGUCCAUACAUUCUAUGAGAGAGUGCAUUUCUUUCUACCUUUCAAAUACUGUUCCCAGGAACCUUCAGACAUUCUGUCCUGUUCUUCCACUGGAGGAACUUACACACACUGUAAAUACAUAUGUACUGUACAUUCUGUCCUGCACUUCCUCUGUCUAUACUGUGAAUACACACGUACUGUAUAUCUGUAAAUGUCCGUUUCUGUCAACUGUCUUGUUACCGCUUCAUUCGCAAUGAGAUCUACAGUCAUGUGAUUAAGGAAGUACACCCCGAUAUUUGGACACAUGGGAUAUUUUAGCAAAAUUCCAACCACAUUCAUUGAUAAAGGUAACCCAAUUGAACAAAUCUUCACAAAAGAAAUGUAACUUUAAAAAAUGUUAUGCAAUUAAAAUAAACUAAAAUGCUAUUUCCUUAUGUGGAAAAAGUUAGUACACACCUCCACCUUUACCGUCACAUAAAAUGUCUCAAAUUAGUAUCAGGUGCAACAAAAACAGGUGCAAAUGAUUAGAACAUCAUUAGAGAGUAACAUGGGAGGGUCCAGCCUUCCAUGAAUAUUAGGAACUUGGUCUGGUUUGGUCUUAACCAUCUGGGUGUGUGGUGACACAUCAUGCCAAGAUCCAAAGACCUACCCGAGGCCCUCAGAAGAAAAUGAUUGAUGCCCAUGAGUCUGGGACGGGUUACAAAUCAAUUUCAAGCAAUUUGAAGUACAUCAUUCCACUGUCCAACGGAUCAUCUACAAAUGGAGAAAAUUCCAGACCACUGGCAAUCUACCUAGGACAGGUCGUCCCACCAAAUUCAGCCCAAGAGCUGACCGAAGGAUGCUCUCUAAAGAACCCCCAGGUAACAUCAAGGGAUCUACAAGGCUCUCUUGCCACAAUCAAUGUCGAAGUGCAUGAGUCAACUGUC